AUGGAGGACCAGAUAUCACCAGCUGAAGGCAUAAUAACUCCACAGAUAGAUGACAACAAAUAUGAUAGUGAUAGUGAAAAUCAAAAGAAAGCAGGAGACAGUAAUGAAAGAAUGGCAGGUGAAGGUUUAGAGGAAGCUGAAGGAGAGUAUGUUGAAGGGGAACAUUUGGAAGGAGAUCUUGUGGAACGAGAAGAGGAACAGGUAGAGGAAGAAUAUUUAGGAGAAGAACAAAAAGUUCUAAGGGAAGGAGACCAAUUUAUAGGUGAAGAACUUGAAGGAGAGCAUACGGAGGGGAAAGAAGUAGAUGAGCAAGAAAUCCAAUAUGCAGAAAAACAACCUGCAGAAGUGACAGUUGAAGAGGAAGAACGAUAUGUAGAAGAGCCACCACCAGACCCUACUGCUCCUUUUAAUUUCAGUGAUUCAAAAGAAGAAUUGAGAGAACCUUUUCAAUUAAGACCUGAUCAAUUGGCAGAACUAGAGCAAUUAUGGGAUCUAUAUCAAAAUUAUACACCAGCCUAUACAGACAUUGAGAAAUAUAUAACAGAAAAAGAACUCGUUUAUAUGUUAAAGUCUAUCCUUCUUAUGACAAUUACGUCAGAACAACUUCAAGAACUGAUAGAUUUUUGCGUGAGGCCACCACAUCCGCAUGGUCAUAUUACAUUUCAGCAAUUUCUUCGAAUGGUAACCAUACGACAAAGAGACUUUCUUAUCGAAGACGAGCUACGGUCUGCUUUGCAAGUUUUCGAUCCUGAGAGAACUGGAACUAUUGAUCGAGAAUAUUUAAAGGACGUUCUAUUGAUACAAGGACAUAAAAUGCCACAAAAACCUCUGGAUAAUCUUAUAAAAGAAGUCGAUAUGAGCAAUGAUGGUACAAUUGGUAUUGAAGAUGUGGUCGGAACCAUGUGUAUUGAUUUAAAUAAAGAAGAUUUAAUGAUGUUAAUUGCGUCUGUAUUUUCAAAUGCAGCCGAUAGAGUACCUGAAGAAAAUGUAUGA